AUGUCCCACGCGAGUAACGAGCAUUCCAUGGCGAUGGCCUCGCUGUCGGACAAGGAACAACCGCACGUCGAUCAUACCGAAGAUCACGCAGCCUUCGAGCCAACGGUGGCCCUCUUCGGCGCCGACUCUGCCAGCUUGCCGCGGGGCUAUUUCUACAGCCCAUACUUUCUGGGCUCGAUGGUUGCAUGCGGAAUGAGUCUGUUGGGCAGCGUUGGGGGAUAUGCCCUCGCCGCCCCGAUUCUGGGUACCAUCAACGCCGACAUUGGGCCGAACAAGAACAUUGCUUGGGUCCCCCUGAUGUUCCCCGUGGGGUUGGCCGUGGGCCAGACACUGCUGGGUCGGAUUUCCGACAUCUUUGGACGUCGCUGGUUCUUCGCCGGCGGCCAGGGACUCGGCCUCGUUGGCGCCGUCAUCUGCGCCACAGCGCGUGAUGUGCCCACCCUGAUCGGGGGCUCGGUCAUCGUUGGUCUUGCGGGGGCGACGGCGCUAUCCUACCCGUUCCUCAUCGGCGAGCUGGUGCCUAUGAAGUACAGGUUCAUCGGGACCGCGUACGCGUGCUUCUGCUGUAUCCCCUUCUCCGGCCUGGCGCCCGCCAUUGCGAAUUCACUGGCCACCAAAGCGAGCUGGAGAUGGUGCUACUAUCUCAUGAUCAUCUUCAACGCGUUGUCGAUGCUCUCGUACCUCCUCUUCUACCACCCGCCGACCUUUGGCAUGAAACACAGCCGAAAAGAAAAACUCCGGAUGAUCCGCACCUUCGACUAUGUUGGCAUCUUCCUUUUUACCAGCGGGAUUGUUUUGUUCCUCUUGGGCAUCUCAUGGGGUGGGAAUGUCUAUCCCUGGAAAUCGGCGGCCGUGAUCGCGACACUCGUGGUUGGUGCGCUUGUCCUAAUGGCCUUCUUUGCCUGGGAGGUUUACCACCCGAUGGACGAGCCGCUGGUACCGAUGCAUCUUUUCCAGAAUCGCGGGUGGCUUAUCUCGGCACUGCUGGUGUCGAUCGGAGCAAGCAUUUACUACGCCUUUGGGAUUGUCUGGCCUUCGAUGGUCAACGUCCUGUACGCUAACGGGGACUCGAUCUACGCGGGUUGGUUGCAAUGCUGCGUGGGGGGUGCCUUCACCCUAGGACAAGUCACGGGCAGUUUCUUGUACAAGUUCAUCGGCUCGGUGCGAGUGCAACUCACGGUGACGACGCUGGUAGGCGGUGCAUUACUCGCAGGUGUCGCAGGCGCGGACCCCUCGGACGUCAAUUUACCCAUCGGACUGCUGAUCCCUGGGAACUUUUUCAUCGGUUGGAUGGAAGCCCUCACUCUCACGCUGCCAGGCAUGUACAUUCGGGAUCAGAAUCAAAUUGGGGUGGCCGUUGGUGUGGCCGGCUCGGUGCGCUCAGCAUUGUCCACGCUUGCUUCUACGAUCUAUGUUGCCAUCCUGAACAAUCGCCUCGCCGAAACGGUACCGGCCGCCGUCACGCCAGCCGCCACUGCUGCCGGCAUCCCCGUGAGCUCCGUCCCGGAACUGCUGUCUGCUCUGAAUUUGGGCACUUUCGACGUGUUUUCAAGGGAUCAUGGGCUCACAUCCCAGAUCCGGGAAGCGGUCGUCAACGCUUACAAGGAAGGCAACACGUCGGCGUACCGGACAGUCUUCUUUGCCUCGCUGGCGUUUACUGGGACAGGCAUCAUCCUCAGUCUCUUCGCGCCGAGCGUGGAUGCCAAAAUGACGGACAGCGUUGCGGUGACCCUUCACAAGAAGAAGGAAGAGAAGGAUCUGGAGAAUGCCAUCCAAAAGCAGCUCGAGGCAGAUCUGACAACUCACUGAAUCGUCCAAAGGGGUGUAUGUCUCCCUGAGUGAGUUGUAGGAGGGUUGUUGUCUGUGAUCUGUUAAUCUGACCUUAGUCAUGGGCCGUUAGUAGAGGGAGAUGGAAAUGUGGACGAGAUAGGCAAGCAUGAUUGACAAGUGGCUCGCAC